GAACUCGUCUUGACCUCUUGACCUCAUGCACUGGAUGUGUCUUCCCUGACGUGAGGCUCAACAUGAUCACACAACCUUUCCCUGGUCCCAACAACUCAGCCCGCUGUAUUUGCAGUGAUUAUGAGCCCGUGUUCCCCUGUAAGAGAGCACUAAGCCAAAUCCUCCACCAUCAUCAUGUUUUCAUCCUUGCAGGGGGAGGGAGGGCUGACUACGAGGCAAAGUGGGGGGAGAAACACACACACACGGGGCCUAGUCGCCACAUCUUUCAUGCGAGGAAGCUGUGCCGCCAAACCACCCGUUUUUGGUUUCCCAAAACAACUCCGGCCCGGGCCUCAGUCCGCGGUCUAGAGUUUGACAGCAGGCUGUCUGAGACAGAAGCACGUCGGUGUGUGUAGCUGCCAACCUGCCCCUGCACCCCAUCCUCCAUCAUGGGAGACAGCAGAGAUUCCCACAGCCCAGACAGCUCGUCUGUGUCCUCCCCUCCAUCGGGCCAACGCUCGCCCCCCCUGGUCCCCUCAGCUGCUUCCAUGACCUCCCUGCCUCCCAUCACAAGCGCUGGAGUCAACAGUCCCAUCAGUAGCAUUGGUUCCCCCUUUUCUGUCAUUAGCUCUUCCCUGGGCUCGCCAUGCUUACCUGGCACACCAUCCGUGGGUUACGGCCCCAUUAGCAGCCCACAGAUCAACUCUACAGUGUCCAUGUCAGGACUUCACGCAGUGAGCAGCUCUGAUGAUGUGAAACCUCCGCUGGGCCUGAAGCAGAUGACAGCCCACAGCCCAGGGCCAAUGCUUUCCCAGAAACGCCUCUGCGCCAUCUGUGGAGACAGAUCCUCUGGCAAGCACUAUGGAGUCUACAGCUGUGAGGGCUGCAAAGGCUUCUUCAAGCGGACAGUGCGCAAAGACCUGACCUACACCUGUCGGGACAGUAAAGACUGUAUGGUUGAUAAAAGACAGAGGAACCGCUGCCAGUACUGCCGCUAUCAGAAGUGCCUGGCCAUGGGCAUGAAGAGAGAAGUGGCCGAGAUCAACGACAGAUCUGUUCAGGAAGAGCGGCAGAGGAACAGGGAGCGAGAGGGCGAGGUGGAGUCAACCAGUGCGGUGAAUGAGGAGAUGCCGGUGGAGAAGAUUUUAGAUGCGGAGAUGGCCGUGGAGCAGAAGACCGAGCUUCAUGCUGAUGGAAGUUCAGGCGGCAGCUCUCCCAAUGACCCCGUCACCAACAUCUGCCAGGCAGCAGACAAGCAGCUCUUCACCCUGGUGGAGUGGGCCAAGAGGAUCCCUCACUUCUCUGAGCUGCCCCUGGAUGACCAGGUCAUCCUGCUCCGUGCAGGCUGGAAUGAACUCCUGAUUGCAUCGUUCUCUCAUCGCUCCAUCUCGGUGAAGGACGGGAUCUUACUGGCCACCGGCCUGCAUGUCCACAGGAACAGUGCACACAGCGCGGGUGUUGGAGCCAUCUUUGACAGGGCGCACAAUGCCGAGGUUGGGGCCAUAUUUGACAGGGUUUUGACAGAGCUAGUAAGCAAAAUGAGAGACAUGCAAAUGGACAAGACAGAGCUAGGCUGCCUUCGAGCCAUCAUCCUCUUCAACCCAGAUGCCAAGGGUUUGUCCAACCCCAGUGAGGUGGAGCUCCUGAGAGAGAGGGUGUACGCGUCCCUCGAGUCUUACUGCAAACAGAAGUAUCCGGAUCAGCAGGGCAGGUUUGCAAAGCUCCUCCUCCGGCUCCCAGCACUGCGCUCCAUUGGCCUGAAGUGCCUGGAGCACCUGUUCUUCUUUAAACUGAUUGGUGACACGCCUAUUGACACCUUCCUGAUGGAGAUGCUUGAGGCUCCUCACCAGCUCACCUAGGGGGGCCCGGUUCGGUUCUUUUCCGGUCAGGACCUGGUGCACACCAGGAUUACCAACACGUCACCCCAUGUUGGGUCAUGGGCUCGUCUCAUUGAGCCACACUUAACUGCAGCACCUGCUGGUUUCAAUGUACUGGCUAUCACACACACACACAUAUUCUCUGUCACUGGCUAAUUAACUUUACACACACACACACACACACACACACACACACACACACACACACACACACACUCAGAUCUUAGCUUGAAUACAUGAACUUACAUAAAAUGGCUUUCUGAAAAGUAUGCCAACAAACACACACACACACACACACACAUGUUCACCACCUUUUCCAUAUCUUGUUUUUCUGCACAGGGGUUUGACUCAUGGAUUUCAUCCCUUUUUAAUCACACUGCUACAGUUCAUGUCUUAAUUUUAAGUUAGCCUUCAGUUUUCACAUCUUCAUCUCUCAGUGGGUUUUUGCUUCUGCGUAACUGAUAUACUUCCCCUGUUUUACUUGGGUUACUUAGUUACACUGCUAGCUGCACCUCUGUAUGUUGUAUUCAUCAGUAGUCUGUUAGUUAUUCAUGUAUGGUUUUAGCUUGAAAAUCAGGUGCGUAGCAUUUCAAUCAAAUGUCCUCAUGAAAAAUUCACUUCUUUUAGGGCGGGAGGUGUCCCAUGACAGACUGGCAGUAACACCUUCCCAGUGAGUUCAUCAAAUCACGCAAACAUUUAAAUAUUUUAUGCUUUCUUCAAUAUUCAUGCUGAAACUUGUUUAAGUUUCUAUUUUGAAGUACUGUACUCAUGAAAUGAGAGCUUUUUCCAAGGCAUUGAAAUCCAGGAAAAGGGGAGUGGGAGAACUUUGUUGAACAGACAAACCUUGUCCCUCCCACCAUGAUGCGCACAGCGGGCUUUGUAAAGCAAAGAAGAAUGACUUGAAUUUAUUUUCCUAGUUUUAAUUUUAUCAUUUUCUCUACUUUGGCAGCAGGUUGGCAUUUUCAACAGCUUGAGGCUCAAAGAAAGAACAGCUUCAUGCAAAACAAAAUGGUAUUUGUUAGUCCUUCCUUCCCUACCCCUAAAUAUUCCCUUUGCUGGUGGUCAUAAAUGCACUUUUGUGAGUUGUUACUGUGUAAAUGUUGCUGUUUCCUAGAAAUGACCAUCAAUUCUCAGACACCUAAGAUGACCUUGAGGGUACUGUGUGUAGGAUUUUCUCAUAAAUACAUGAUUGGCUACAACCAAGUGAAAGAACUAACACAAACUGUUAAGAGUUAAUGGUUGAAAAUCCAGGCAGGAGGCAGCUAUGUUAGCAUGUCCCAGUGCAAUGGAAAGUCUGUUAUUCUUGAAAAUGUUGCUCUUCCUUACAGAAUAGUUCUGUACAGUUUUUCAUUGGCCAUGUCAGAGUUUUAAGUCUGAUCAAUAAGUCUAAGGCUUGGCCUCUCUGUCCAGCAGGACUCUGUCCUCUACAGAAAAGAGGUGAAAGAGAGAAAUAAUGGUGCCAAGCAAAUCAGCGCCAAAGAUUGGAAAUUACGUAUUUGAAUGAAAUGCUCUGAAGUGGCAUUGGUGCAACAUGCAUUUUAGUUGAUGUACAGUCAACAUGAAAUUUGUUUUAUUUGCAGUAUUUUAGCCCACAGCUCAUUGAUAGAUUCCUAGCAGUCAUGAACCAUGAAGCGGUGUUUCAAUCACAAAGCACCUCUCUGCGUCUCUUAUUGUAAUGCAAUAAUGAAAUAAGUCAGUGUUAUAUAAUGGAAAUCCUACACCUGCUACCUGCAGCUUUGGAAGCUUGAUUCAUUGUGUAUUGGUUAAACGCUUGCCACUUUUGUACAGUAGAUGUAAAUAGUAAUAAAAAACACAGGAGAAAAAAAAAGCCUGUUCACACUAGUGAAGUGAAAAAUGAAAAACUAACAAAUUUACAAACUCUAUAUCAAGCUGUCAAGUUAUCAUUAGACCGGCCUCCCUGUCAAUGAGCCCAGGGCCAAACCACACCUCACAGCUGCUUUUGCACCAACUGAUGCCAGUGCUUGAUAUUGUAUUCAGUGAUUGAUUGGCUGGAUUUCAUUGAAAUGGCACUUGACAUUUACUGUGAUUGAAAUAUUUGGGCAACUGAGUUUAAGCAUGGCAGUGAAAGGCCAAAAUGCAGCUACCACGUCAUCAGGAGAUAAACAGUUAACUAUGAAUGCAUCCGCCGCUCAAAAGUGAGCAAUACUGGGGUACACAAAGAUUUGUUACCAUUUUUGUUACAUAGGUGUUUAAAGUAGUUGACAUUCUGAGGUAUAUUUAGCAUUCUUACAGUUACCACAUUUAUUAAAUGAAUAUUAGAACAUACAUUUUGCAGUGUCAUGUUACAGGAAAGAGGUACAGCUGUCCUCUACCAGGUGCUAAAUAGCUAAUACAGCCUUUUAGUUUAACACUUGCACAUGUUCAUCAAUGCAAACACAGUAUGCAAGUUCACAGACAAAUCAGUAAGCUAUUCUCCACUCUCCCAACAGGUCUGCUUAGGUUUUUUUUCUUUUCGUUUUUUUAUGACCCCUGUUUUUUAUUGCAAACCCCAAACAAUGGAAAAUGAACACCAGCUAAGUGCUUGCACAUUUUGGCUGUGGCUGCUAAGUCUUUGUAUUCUAUCAGGCACAGCCAGUGUCUUUUGUAUUUUAGACAGCAGUUGGCUGGUGAAGCAAUGAAAGUAGCUGUUGCAUUUUGGGGUCCACCAGCUACUUUAACUAGAAAGAGCAAUGAGCUUCCUGCCUUGCAGAUAGUCCAAAUAAAUCUUCUCAGAGAGGAUCCUUGGCCUCCCCCAUGUGAUGUGGACGUAGAGGCUGGCAGUAAGGUGACCUGUAUGACAGGUGCUUUUGUUUAGCAUGUCAGCAAGUUGGUCUAACCUUAGAGUUUGGUGUUGUUUCAGUUUUUUUUUCUCCAGCCAUGCAUACAGCCAAAUCGACAAAGUAAUCUUCAGAGGUCCUCUUAAAAAAGAAAAGUCAGACCCUCAUGCACCACUGCUCCGUCAUUUAGGUGUUAUUUCUCAGAGAUGGGCAAGGUGGUGCCAAGCUAGCGUUUUAGGUGAUAAGCACCAACAUCUGCCUGCUUUCUGAUACUGUGCUUGUUGGGUUGUGGUUUCAGUGCUUUAGCAACUUGAGUUCCUGCAGAUGAGACUCGUAGUCUGAGCUUUGAGACUGCAGUGAAAUGAUUUUGUGGCCAUUAGGCUUUGAGAUCAGCUGUCCUUAGACAGUCAGUGGGAUGAGGUUUGUGAGUGCUUCUCAAAAUGAGCUUUUCUGCCUUGUCCCUAAGAGAGGAGCUGACUUUAGGAUGUGUGCUUUAGUGAAUAAUCUCAUCCUCUGCUCGGGUGGCUGCACAGCAGCUCUCUCUGCAGGUUUCUCUUUUGGAGCUUCCUUUUUUUGAAUGUUUUGGCCUGCUGCUACUGCAACAUGUGUAUAGCUGGGGAUGGGAAUAAUUACAGUAUCAGUCAAGUGCUGGAGGAUCCACUAGCUGAUAUGAAAAGUACAUAUAAAAAGAUUUAAAUAUGCAACUUGUAUACAGUAUUCAUAUUGUGAUUACAUGGUUAAACAAAUGUCAUGCAUUAUGUGCAUUUGGUUACUGGUAUUUGUGCAGAUUAGCCUCAUCUGUUACACAAGUUCAUAUUAAUUGGCAGUGAUAGAAUCUGGUAUUCCCAUCCCUCUUUAUUAAAGCAGUUCAUUUCAGUUUUGCUAUGCCAUUUCUGUAGGUUUUGCUAUGAGCUUGGGCUGUUUGGAGGAUGAUAUACAGAAACAGUGAGCAAAUCAAAAAGUAUACAGUCACUGCAGGCUCUGUAUGUUAAACCACUUAAGCUUUGCUGAUACUUUUAGCAGCAGUUGGUGGCUUGGUGUUUCAGUUUUUUGGUAUUUGUAAUCGGGUAUGUGUGGCCACACGUGUAUGCUUUCAUGCACGUGUGGAGUCUGUCUGCAGCUAUGCCUUUUGACUGGCAGAUACUGAAGCUUUGGCUGUGACGUGCUGAGCGCUGUUGAAUGGGUUUUUUUAAGCGAAAUAAUGAAAGGAUGCACAGAGGAAAGGAGUCAGGCUGGAGGGGUGAUUUACUGGUUUGUUGACCUGAUGCUUUAUUAACACAACUCAGCCUCCUCUCUUUCAUUGCUUCGCCCCGUCUUCACUGCUUCACUUUAAAUUGAAAUGCUUACACACUCACCCGCGUGUUCUGAAAGUUACCGGGCUUCGCAUCGGAAUGGACUUGUAAAAUAAACCUUUGAUUCUUGGACUGUUUGAAAAGGAUGUGAAGCUUUUCGUGGGACAAGCAUUGGAGAGCUGUAAGGAAGGGAUUCAGUGCCGUGUGUCCCUCUUUGCUUACUUUACUUGACGGCAGAGCAGCGACAAUCUGCAGUUGCCAUGGGAGACUGCUAGAUUGCAUCGCACUGCCCACAAAUGUUUGUCGUUGCAACCGUGUGCACUCAAGGCAGACGCAUGCUGUGACCUUUUGACUGUGUAGCAGUAUUGUUGUCGCCAUCUUUGUUACAUUUUGGAAUUACUCGCUUUUUAAAAACAUAAAGAUAUUAAUUCAAACGCUUUAUUGAAAUGGAUCACAGGCUGUGACUGAAGAAUUGAUCAUCUUGUAUAGAUGAGGUGUUAGGGCGGCAUUUUUACCUUUUAACACAGGCCCCCCGGAGCCAAGGCCCAUCCCAUCAUGAUCAAUAAGGCAGUGCGUGCUAUGCAGCCUGAAAAGACCAACCCCACCGGUUUAUUUAUCACUGCCAAGCUGUUUACGGAUGUGGCCGUUCGGAUACAGGGCCACUCAGCGCUUGAUUUUUUCAUGUAUGUUGUGAUUAUUGUGCGUCGCACUAGAGUGUGUGCACUAACCUUGGCCUGUGUAGUCCAUACUAAAGAGGGGCCCUAUUAGGAACGGAAUGACAGCUCGUGUGGAGAGGGGAGGACUGGUCACUGGAGAGUGAAGUAGACAAGUGUGUGGUCCCCUCUUGGUGCUCAAGCUGUGCAUUGGUGCUUUUUACAGGGUGCCCCGGCCUGAAAACGUCUACUUUGGUUUCCAAGACACCGGGACAUGCAUAAAUGACAAAAAAAUGCAAAUAAGGAAUGAUUUAGCAGGGUUAGCUUAGCACAGCUCUGCACCUGCUCUUCUUCAGUUGCAUUUGAUUGAUUGGGUUUAUUCUGUGAUCGGGUCAACUGCAAACUGUUUUCUGAUCACUGUGUGUACAUGUCUCUAAGACCAAGAGUGACAAACUCUGACUGACACAGUGCAAGGGCCUCCAUAGGUCUGGUUUGCAGGAGACCCCUCUGAACAGAUUCUGAACGGAUUUGAUGUUGUGGAUCAAAUAGAUACGGCCGCCCUCUUUGAGCAGGAGGUUGAUUUUAGUGUUUGAAGUUGAACAAGUUGUGAAGGGUUGCCUACAGAGAAGAGCAGGGACGUAAAGAACUUGGAUCAGGUCGCAUUUUGUUGAUCAAGAAUAAAGACGAAACCUAUUUUAAAGUAGAUCUAGAAUCUUCCUUAAUUGUUUACUCUUCGCAUAAAGACUUCACACACUGUUUCUUUGUCUUGUUUCCCGUCUUUCUCUUCUCAGAUUAUGCUAUUCAUCUUUUGUUUAUUACAAAGUAUUAAACAAAUACAAAAACUGUAAAAUCAGAAUGGAAUCUGUCACUCUUUUAAAAAAAAAUAUCUGUCUCUCUCUUGUGUCUGUUCUUUGUCCUGUUUGUGUCAUAUUCCAUCGUACACAUGGAGUUGAUUGACUAUUGUGUGCUUUGGGGAUUGAAAGAAGAAAAAAAUAUGAAUAAUUUUUCAGUCAUUAAUUCUGAAUCUUGUUUCUGUUUGUUGUAUCAUGUCCGAGUAAAGGUUUUAAUACUGUAA